AUGAACGCACUGGUUCGUGCGGAGGCGAAAUCCAUGGAUCCCAAAUCUCGGGGCCCCGCAUUCGACGGCUUAUAUGGAGCGAGUAUCGGCGAGUGCCUGAGCUUCGAGCUCGACGAAUGGUCUUUUGAGAGCGUCUACCAGUGCCUCUUUCGAGGUACAGACGAUACAGGUAUCAAGAUGGGCUCUAUUGUAGAUACUGCCACGGCCGGUCCGGCUUUGGACUUGACGGUCCUUGGUAUGAACAGCGGAACAUCUAUGGUAUACUACCUCACUCCCCGCGUACACAUAUUUAUCAAUAAGAAGCUGACGGGCAUCAUCUUCAACUUGGAGUUGCUCAAGUAUGGCGAGACGCCGCUUGAUCCAGAGAUCAAAAAGCGGGUGAUGAAUAUGAUUCUUCACAACUCUACUUCACCAGAGGAGAUUGCAGAGAUUAAUGUUAUUUUGGGAGAGACUUUUGCUAAAGCAGCGUUGGAGUUCAUCAAAACGAACAACAUCGACAAGUCUACAAUAGACAUUAUUGGAUCUCACGGACAAACAAUUUGGCAUAUCCCUCAUCCAAAGGACCAAGUCAGGACAACGCUCAGCAUGGGCGAAGGAGCCGUCAUCGCGGCUCGUACAGGAAUCACCACAGUGACCGAUUUCCGUGUCAGCGAGGUUGCUGUUGGUCGUCAGGGAGCUCCCCUUGUUGCUUUCUUCGACGCCUUACUUCUGCACCAUCCCACCAAGCUGAGAGCCUGUCAGAACAUCGGGGGUAUCGCCAACGUAUGCUUUAUUCCUCCAGAUACUAAAGGAGAGCUGAAUGAUGGAUUCUUUGACUUUGAUACUGGCCCUGGAAACGUCUAUAUCGAUGCCGCUGUUCGCCAUUACACUGGCGGAGCAAGAGAAUAUGACAAGGAUGGCGAAAUGGGAAAGCGGGGAAAAGUAGAUGAGGAGAUUGUGGAUGAGUUCAUCUCUUCUCACCCCUACUUUCAGAGACCCAUUCCCAAAACAACAGGUCGCGAAGAUUUCCGCGAUACUUUGGCGCUGGAGAUUAUCUCCAAAGCUGAAGAAAAAGGUCUCUCGGCAGAUGACGUGGUCGCAACCAUCACGAGAAUCACAGCUCAGUCUAUCGUGGACCACUACAGGUGCUUCGCGCCGUCACAGGAUAUCGACGAGAUAUUCCUCUGUGGCGGCGGCGCAUAUAAUCCCAACAUUGUGGACUUUAUCCAGAAAAGCUAUCCCGCCACAAGGAUUUACAUGCUUGAUGCGGCUGGUAUUCCGGCUGGUGCGAAGGAGGCCAUCACCUUUGCCUGGCAGGGCAUGGACGCAAUCGUUGGUCGACCGAUUCCGGUGCCAGACCGGGUUGAAACAAGAAAAGAGCAGAUUCUUGGAAAAGUAUCGCCUGGCGAUAACUAUCGACAGCUUAUGUAUACGGCGAUGCAGUUUGGGGCGGGGGCAAAGCUGGGACCUGUGAGGGAUUUGAUCAACAUUGUCGAUGGUGAGGUGACGGACAACAAGUGGUGA